CUAGCAAAUAGCUAGCGCACUGAAUAGUAACAACGAAACUGAGCAGCAGCAGCAGCAAAUCAGACAGCCAAGGUCACAUCCAAGUCCACCUCUGCCCAACAGCAACAACAGCCUGCAUAUUACUGACGGUAUCUACUAGUGAUCCACUCCAUUGCUAUCCAUAUACCCAUACCCAUACUAGCUAGCUAGUAUACCCAUAGCUACCCAUAUAGAUACCCACUACCUUAUUAAGCUACCUAUAAGAUAAGCCAAGACAAGCUAAGAGUGGAGGGAGAUACAGUACCCCAUUCAGUCGUUCCAUCUAUCUACCGGUAGCAGUUGACCUGGUGGAAGGGUUAAGCCUUUACUAAGACAGCUCUGAUAAGGAGAGAUAAGGAGAGAUAAGAGAGAAUGUCUACAGGAGGAGAAGAUAGAGAAGAAAUGGGAGAGGAGAGGCUGAUUGCCACUCCCAGCAAUUGCAGCGGGAGUGGUAGCAACAGUGGCAACAGUAGCAGUAGUGGUGGGAGUGGAAAUGAGAAUGAUAAUGAGAAUGAUAAUGGAAAUGAGAAUGGAAAUGACAAUGACAAUGAGAAUGGUAGAGGUGGAACUAGCAGCGGCAGUGGAAGCGAAAACGGAAAUUUGGGGGAAAUUUGGUUCGAUACGAUGAGACGUAUGCGGAUGCGUAGUGGGGAGAGGGGAGGUAGCAAUUCCACUCCUUCGUCUCCUACCAACUCUAGUGGACAAGAUCAGGAAGAUCAGGAUCAGCAAGAGCAAGAGCAACAAGAUCAGGAACAACAAGAUCAGCAAGAUCAACAAGAACAAAGUGACGAAUCGUCCAAUUCCAACGGUCCCUACAAAAAGAGAAAGAUUAUAUCUACUAACGCUGACAGUACCAUGCCCACACAAACACCAGCACAUACUCAUACUGCUUUCAGGAGCAAUGUCAGCCCAAAGAGAAAGAAGCACAGAAGCAAACACAAGAAUAAAAACAAGGACAAGCAGAAGCAACACAACCAAAACACACAGCAUCAGCAUCAGCAUCAGCACCAAACACAGAGCCAACAGCAGACACAGCAAAUUGACAAGUCAUCAUCUUCCAACACUGAUACCGGUACUAGCAGUUCCACCAACAAGAGGGCAGGAUACCAGUCAGAUGAUGAAGGCUUCAUGUAUGAGGACAGCACAGGAUCACCAUCUGCAAACAAAUCAGAUACCCAAACACUUACUCAAGCACAAACCAGUCCUCCUGCUCCUGCUCCUACUCCAGACUGUCGCUCAAACAAUACUAGUGCAGGUACGGAACCACAGACAUCACAGCAGACGGCGCAGACAGCCAACGACAUUGCCCAAGCCACAAGCAACAACCAAAACCAAAACAGCAACACGGACACCAACACGGACAACGAGAAACGUCAAGAUCCAGCACUACAGCGAUUGGAACGAAAUGCCAGAGAAAAGCAACGAAGUGGAAAAAUCACGGACCAGUUCAACGUACUCAAGCAAUUACUCACUGAAGCAGGAGUCGUCGUUCCAAAAGGGACCAAAGGAUCCAUACUUUCCAUUGCUCAUCAGUACAUUGUCAACAUGAAGGCACAACAAAACCAACAACAUCAAGACAAUCAAGCACUACAUAGACAAGUACAAACCAUAAGCCAGGGAAGUCUAGGACUACCGGCAGCGCAGGCAUUGCAGUACGCCGCACAACGUAACGGACUACCCGUCGCCAUCAGUGUCGCACUGCCGGCACCCAAUCCGGCACCGGCACCACCACCCACGGCCGUAUUUGAUCCGCUCAACAUGGUCCAACAAAAAGACUACCCCGUCCUAUGGGAUCACUGCCCCGUCGGAAUCGCUCUCGCCACUCUCGGAGGAACGUUCCUAGAUUGCAAUCAAGUCUUUCGAAAAAUACUGGAGUGUUCCAAGGAACAGCUCCGAGAACUGUCCAUCUUUCAUCUACUCGACAGCAGUGGUGGCACUUCGCCGACGCAGCAGCAGACCAACACCAGCCGAAGCAAUCUUCAAUUUGCAUUCGAUCAAAUCAGUCAAAUGCUACAGUCCAUUGACCCGGCUGGCAGCAGCAGCAACAACGGCCGCUCUUUUUCACAAGCAUCAAAGCCCGUGGUUCUCCGGGGAAGCGUACAAGGAAACGGCCAUUUGGGACUCGCCAUUUCCAUUGUCCACGCAUCGAACUCCAAGAGCAACGAUGCGCAGCAUGAAGUGCAACGACACCAGCACUAUCUCUGCGUCACGUUGGUUGAAAAGCCAAUGAACCCCGAUGCCGAUACGACAUUCGUGCAGCCCGCAAUGCCCGGCAUCCUGCCGCCGCAAACCAUGCAAGCCAUGCCGCAAACGGGAACUGCCGUUCCAGCAACUGCUCCUCCUGUUCUGGGCGGCCCAAACAGCACGUAUUGCCCGUCAUCGCCUGCCGCCGUGACGGCCGCAGCAGCUACCUUGACGGCAUUGCCAACGAUUCUACUAAACAACAGCAGAGCGCCAAUGGCAUCGUCGUCUUUGUCGGGGUCUUCCGGUUCGGCAUCGGCAUUCUCGAUUAGUGGACUGUUGCCCAUUGCGGGACCACCAGGCGUAAUGAUGGCGCCAGGAGGAUAUCAGCAGUACGCAAGCACCGCUGCAACAGGAGAUAACAGUAACAGCAAUGGCGCCACCUUCAAUAACAACAACAACAUGGCCACCAAGGAACAACAGCAAGAACAGCAGGAACAACAACAACAAAUCUUUGCCGGGGUGGAUCCCUCUCAGCUGUAUACGGUGGGCUAAUAACGGACACGACACGCACUGGACGCUCGGUGGUUUGGUAUCAACUGGAAUCGAAUCGAAUCACAAGUUUCCUUGCCUUUCUUCCUACAUGUUCAAGUUCGUUCUCUUCGACUGGUUAUGGAUAUCUUUGCAUGUCAAGACGUUUCGUUGCAACCGAGGAGCCAUUGUUUGGUGGGAGCUCUCCGUUCAACAUUCAUUCAUGAUACUGUACGAGUUUACACACACAAUGACGAUCCGUAGAUCAUUGUUUGCGAUUCACGCCUACAUGUAUCGGGUCAUGCGGAAGGGCCGUGGGGGCUCUCCGAUCUAGUUUGGUAAUAAUUUCAUUGUUCAUCAGUACACUUGGGCCGUUUUCUUCAAUGAUAGGCGUUAGAUAGAUGCACA